AUGGCUCGGGCCGCCGGGCUCCGCCGCGCGGCUCCGCGCGCCCUCCUGCUCCCGCUGCUGCUGCUGCUGCUCCUGCCGCUGCCGCUGCUGCUGGCCCGGGCCCCGCGGCCGCCGGACGCCCCCCGCCGCCACCCCGUGAGCAGAGGGCCGGAGCCGUGGCUGGAGGCCCCUCCCGACAGCGAUGCCCCCGCCCUGGCCGCCCAGGAGGCCCUCCCGCCCGCUGGCCGCCCCAGACCUCCCCGCUGCGGUGUGCCCAACCCGCCCGAUGGGCUGAGUGCCCGCAACCGACAGAAGCGGUUCGUGCUGUCGGGUGGGCGCUGGGAGAAGACGGACCUCACCUACAGGAUCCUCCGGUUCCCAUGGCAGCUGCUGCGGGAACAGGUGCGGCAGGCGGUGGCGGAGGCCCUCCAGGUGUGGAGCGACGUCACGCCGCUCACCUUCACCGAGGUGCAUGAGGGCCACGCCGACAUCGUGAUUGACUUCACCAGGUACUGGCAUGGGGACAACCUGCCCUUUGACGGACCUGGGGGCAUCCUGGCCCACGCCUUCUUCCCCAAGACCCACCGAGAAGGGGACGUCCACUUCGACUACGAUGAGACCUGGACCAUCGGGGACAACCAGGGCACAGACCUCCUGCAGGUGGCGGCCCAUGAGUUUGGCCACGUGCUCGGGCUGCAGCACACGACAGCUGCGAAGGCCCUGAUGUCCCCCUUCUACACCUUCCGCUACCCGCUGAGCCUCAGCCCGGACGACCGCAGGGGCAUCCAGCAGCUGUACGGCCGGCCUCGGCUAGCUCCCACGUCCAGGCCCCCGGAUCUGGGCCCUGGCACCGGGGCGGACACCAACGAGAUCGCGCCGGAGCCGGACGCCCCACCGGACGCCUGCCAGGUGUCCUUUGACGCGACCGCCACCAUCCGCGGCGAACUCUUCUUCUUCAAGGCAGGCUUUGUGUGGCGGCUGCGUGGGGGCCGGCUGCAGCCCGGCUACCCUGCGCUGGCCUCUCGCCACUGGCAGGGGCUGCCCAGCCCUGUGGACGCGGCCUUCGAGGAUGCCCAGGGCCACAUCUGGUUCUUCCAAGGAGCUCAGUACUGGGUGUAUGAUGGCGAGAAGCCGGUCCUGGGUCCCGCGCCCCUCUCUGAGCUGGGCCUGCGGGGAUCCGCGGUCCACGCGGCCCUGGUGUGGGGCUCCGAGAAGAAUAAGAUCUACUUCUUCCGAGGCGGGGACUACUGGCGCUUCCAGCCCAGCGCCCGCCGCGUGGACAGCCCCGUGCCGCGCCGGGCCACUGACUGGCGAGGGGUGCCCUCGGAGAUCGACGCGGCCUUCCAGGAUGCUGAAGGCUUCGCCUACUUCCUGCGUGGCCGCCUCUACUGGAAGUUUGACCCUGUGAAGGUGAAAGCCCUGGAGGGCUUCCCCCGCCUCGUGGGCCCCGACUUCUUCAGCUGUACCGAGGCUGCCAACACUCUCCGCUGA